AUGCUCGAGAAGAUAAAGACCAUGUAUAAUCCUACACCUGGUAUGCCGCCGGAGAAGAUUGGUCCGACCGUUGGUCAGAAUAUUGGUAAGAUCACAUUACCAUCAACUGAAUUGCGCUUCUACGAUCUAGGCGGACAGAGAGAUAUAAGGUCGAUAUGGCCCAAAUACUAUGAUGAAUGUCAUGCGGUGGUAUUUGUCGUGGACGCCUGUGAUCAAGCUAGGUUGACUGAGAAUUGGGAAGUCUUCGACGAAGUGCUGAAUUCCCCUCGAUUAUUGAACCUGCCCUUACUUUUGCUUGCCAACAAGCAGGACAGUCCGACGUCACUCUCUGUAGCGGAAAUCAGAGAAUCGUUCGAUGCUUGGCAACGCGCUCGAUCGAAUAGAGAGACGGAUCAAGAGGAUAAACCGAAAGAUAAAGGUAAAGGCAAAGCGAAAGAGCCAGCGGACGAUCAAGAAGGAUAUCAUAGCCAAGCUGGGGCAAAUGGACAGCAGCCAGGAGGAGAUAGACAGUGGGAUGAUGGUGGUGCGAAAGAUGAGAGGAUGGCAAGUCUGGACGUGAUGGGUGUCUCUGCUCUUGAAGGAACCGGUGUCAGAGAUGCCGUCGACUGGCUGUAUAUCCGUGUACAGAACGCUCGGAAGAUGUGA